AUGGGACAAUUAGCCAGCGGACGUUUCGUGGGGUCUGCCUGGCCCUGGUCAGCUGAGGAAUUCAUAGACGCUCCCCACCCUGAGGUACAGUCCCCACCCCGAGCACAAGAACCCCGACCCCUGCAGCACAAGAACCCCGACCCCUGCAGCACAAGAACCCCCGACCCUGCAGCACUAGGACCCCCGACCCCUACAGCACAAGAACCCCGACCCCUGCAGCACAAGAACCCCCGACCCCUGCAGCACAAGAACCCCGACCCCUGCAGCACAAGGACCCCCGACCCCUACAGCACAAGAACCCCCGACCCCUGUAACACAUGGACCCCGACCCCUGCAGCACAUGGACCCCGACCCCUGAAGUACAUGGACCCCGACCCCUGCAGCACCGACCCCUGCAGCACAAGGACCCUGCAGGAAUCACGCUGUGACCAGCACAGCUAG